AUGAGCAUCACAAGCCUAUGUUCAGACAUUCCAGCGACAUUCCUUUUUCCUUCCCUGCUGCUUGCUUCACGUUCAGAACCAGAGGUUCCCGCUGUAUGUGUUGGAGUGGAGUGCGGAGAUGGCAUCUGCUUUGAGAAUGAGGAUCACAAGCCCGAGUGCUCGUGCAAAAGAGGUUCCCGUCUUGAUGAAGUUACCAAGAAGUGCUUUGUUGACAUGUGUUCCAGUUACCACACGUACUGCGGGGAAGCGCGUUGCGUCUUGAAGGAUGAUAACACUCCCGAGUGCCGGUGCGAGGAGGGCCUCAUAUUCCAAGAAGCUGACUUCACGUGCAAUGCUGCCCCGUCUGUGGUUCCCACAUCACCCCCUUCUGAGGUCCCCAAAACAGCCCCGUCUGAGGUCCCCACAUCAGCCCCGUCUGAGGUCCCCACAACAGCCCCUUCUGAGGUCCCCACAACAGCCCCUUCUGUGGUCCCCACAACAGCCCCGUCUGAGGUCCCCAAAACAGCCCUGUCUGAGGUCCCCACAUCAGCCCCGUCUGGGGUCCCCACAACAGCCCCGUCUGAGGUCCCCACAUCAGCCCCGUCUGGGGUCCCCACAUCAGCCCCGUCUGGGGUCCCCACAACAGCCCCGUCUGAGGUCCCCACAACAGCCCCGUCUGAAGUCCCCACAACAGCCCCUUCUGAGGUCCCCACAACAGUCCCUUCUGAGGUCCCCACAACAGCCCCGUCUGAGGUCCCCACAACAGCCCCGUCUGAGGUCCCCACAACAGCCCCGUCUGAGGUCCCCACAACAGCCCCGUCUGAAGUCCCCACAACAGCCCCUUCUGAGGUCCCCACAACAGUCCCUUCUGAGGUCCCCACAACAGCCCCUUCUGUGGUCCCCACAACAGCCCCGUCUGAGGUCCCCGCAACAGCCCCGUCUGAGGUCCCCACAACAGCCCCGUCUGAGGUCCCCACAACAGCCCCUUCUGAGGUCCCCACAACAGCCCCGUCUGAGGUCCUAACAACAGCCCCUUCUGAGGUCCCCACAACAGCCCCUUCUGAGGUCCCCACAACAGCCCCUUCUGAGGUCCCCACAACAGCCCCGUCUGAGGUCCCCACGACAGCCCCGUCUGAGGUCCCCACAACUGCCCCGUCUGAGGUCCCCACAACUGCCCCGACUGUGGUCCCCACAACGGCCCCGUGUCCCAAGGAUUGUGGAAGUGCCAAGUGCAUUGUGAAGGAGGGUAAGGCCCAGUGCAAGUGCCCCUUGGGCCUCGUGUUCAACGAGGCCAAGAAGAUCUGCAGCGAUGCGUAUUACACACCUGCGACAGACCCUUGUAAGACGGGCACACUGAAGUGCGGCAAGAACUCAAAGUGCGUUGCGAGAGGCGGAAAGGCGUGUUGCGAGUGUGAUGCCGGCUACACCAAGAGGAACGGCCUCUGCACUGGUGAGCCCACCAAGGGCUGUGCUUGA